AUGGCCAUUUUUGCCGAUCUUUGGGCCAUAACGGCCAAUAAGGCCGUGGUUUUAUUUGGCAUCGCACCAUUGGUGUUUAUCUGUUUCUAUCUCAUUUCCAACAUCUUUCUUCAUCCUUUGCACAAGGUUCCUGGGCCAUGGAUAGCAACCAUAUCUCCGCUUUGGCUAUGGUACCACUCGUAUAUCGGCGAUGAGGCAACUUCAAUUGAACGGCUGCAUUCGAUUUAUGGACCGGUCGUCCGGAUAGCCCCAAAUGACAUUGAUAUCAGCGAUGGUGCGGCCCUUGCCCCUAUCUACUCGGAGAAAGGUGGUUUCUUGAAAGCGCCUUAUUACGCCAACUUCGACUUUGACGGGCAUCCAACUAUCUUCUCCGCUCUGAACCCAGCACAUAGAUCCAUUCGGGCAAGGGCAGUAGUCGGCAUGUUCAGUCCUGCAUCGAUUCGCAAAGAGGGCGAUGCAAUCCUCCAGUCCUGUGCGAAAAGACUUGCCGUGCAUAUCAAAGAACAGGCAUCCAACGGAGGAUCAGUCAAUAUGCUCACUAUGGGGAGGUGCCUGGCCCUUGAUGCCGUUACUGAGUAUCUUCUCGGCAAACCAUACGGAGCCAUUGCUGAGCUUGAGUCAUACAAAACCAGCAAUUCGUCCACCAAAUUGUCUGCCAGCGAGUUUGUUGACACAUUCGUCGCUGUUGGGCGUUUCUUUCUAUUGCCAAAAUGGAUCUUUCACGGUCUCGAAUGGAUCCUACCUAAGAUUUUCCCUGACCAAGAGGUCGACCGGUCGAUGGAUCUAGUCACGCACUUCUGCAACCAAGUUGUUGCCGAUGCUAACCUUGAGAGGGAUCAGACAUAUCAGGCUCGGUUGCUGAGAGCUGGCAUCAGUAUGGAAGAAGCCGCUCUACAGUGUAUGGAUCUCAUGUUCGCUGGCACCGAUAGCACUGGGAUGAAUUUCGGCACGAUAUGUUGGCAUUUAGCACAAUCGCCACAGGCAUACCAGAAGCUGAAAGACGAACUCGCAUCGCCAGCAGCUCUGCAGGCUGACCCGCAGACUCUCCCUUAUCUCCGAAGUGUAGUUCGCGAAGGAUUACGGCUGUCUAUGGCAAACCCGACGAGGCUACCUCGCGUUGUGUCGCCAACCGGGUUUUCAUUUUCGACAAAGAUGCCAUCGGGUAUGACCAGGACCUUCGAGUUUCCUGGUGGCACCUGCAUCGGGUGUGCUUCAUUUAGCCUACACUUCAACGAGGAUGUAUUUCCCGACUCGAGAUCCUUCAAACCAGAGCGGUGGCUUGAUUCAACCGAUAAGAUGCUGCGCGACUACAUUCCCUUUGGUCUUGGACCAAGGCAAUGCAUUGCUCGCAACCUUGCGUCUAGUGAGCUGUUCUGGGCCGUAAGGGAAUUGGCUGUUUCGGGAGUUCUUGAUGGUGCUCAGACAACUGGGCGUAUGAAGGAAGGCAUCAUUAUUGAUGAGUGGUUCAACUCUAAGGUUCCGGGUCACGCAAUCGAAUUGACGUGGGGGCAAUAG